AUGGCAGACGAAGACAAGACCGCCACGCCCACCAAGGCUGCGGCGGCGCUCAGCAGUCCUAAGCCUGAGUCCCCGACUACGGCACGUCCUCUAGACUUCGAUGGCGAUGAUGAACCACAAGAAAGCGGCGUUACUUCAUCUUCAGCAGCUCCGGGACAAUCUGCGGAAUCGGCACCUGCCCCGCCGCCGAAACCACCACGGCCAUUGACUCCGCAACAACAAGCCGAGAACACCCUCAAGGAAGCAUUUCCGACUGUCGAAGCCUCUGUUGUCAAGGCCAUUCUCGUAGCAAGCGGUGGGAACUUAGAGAGGGCUUUCCAUGCGCUUCUGGGCAUGACCGAUCCCAACGCCCAACAGGAAGACCUGCCACCUCCAAGGCCUCCGCGACCAUCGACUGCCACAUCUACAGCGCAGAGCCAGCUCGAGGCUGACGAGCGGUAUGCCCGCCAGCUGGCAGAACACUACAGCGGGGCCGCCCGUCGAGGACCACCAUCGGGCUGGGACGGGAACCAGCGCCCGCGAAGCAGAAGAGAAAGUGGAGAGGAACGGGAAUAUAGCUUUUUUGAUGGUAACGCGAUGCUGGCCUCUGACGACCUUCCUGUAAUCCGCGAGAAUAUCCGUAAGGGAUUCUUGGAUACACAGUCGAAAGUGAAUUCCUGGGUCCAGAAUUUGAAGAAGAAGCUCGAUGGCGAAGAAGACGAAGAUCAGCCUGCAGGAGGAUAUCAUCGCGACAGCGGCAGCUAUGGCAGGCCCAGACGCAGUGGCGAUAUGGGCCGUCGCAGCGCUGAUCGCGAGCGCUAUGAUGCAGACCCUCAAGUAAUCAGCGACGACUUCGCGACACUGGAGUUACGGGAUGCUGAAGUGCCCCCACCUCGUCCAGCUCGACCACUCGCAAACCCGAAUCUAUUCAAGACCUCUUCUCCUUCUCCAGAUAGGCGUAAGGUCUCCUUCCAAGAGGGUCCACCUGAAGAAAUUGACAAUCUUUACGAUGCUCCAGAAUCCGCCCAACGCGCACCGUCCACCGGAGGCAAGUCCAGCAAAUGGCAGCCCUUGGCUACUGUCGAUCCGUCUCCUGUGGGAGAACACGACCCAUUUAGCCUCGGCGACAGCGAUGAUGAAAAGGAAACGAAAAAUAAAGAUGCCAAUGCAGACGAAGCGGAUCGUGUGAAGCAAGCUACGACCGAAGCGAUAGCUGGGGAAAUCGGAUCCAGCUCGAAGGAUGAUAAUAGACCGGAGAAUAAGGAGACGGGACAUUAA